AAAAAAAAAAAAAACACAAAACGCCAUAUAAUCGAUUAUACCCGAUCGACCAUACUACUCGCUAAAUCGGCGUAAACCGAGUUGAGAACAUUGAAAUAAACCCCUAAACCCUUCUUCCCAUAGGGAAGCUGCUUAUCACAUUGCUGAAAGCACUGGUUUUUCCUCUUUGAUUUCCUGAUGACGGCGGUGGCGCACAUUUCAUUCGGAUUAUUGCCCAAGGUUACCUUGCUUGGAGAUAGAACGCCAGCAAAAGCUGGAUGCUUCCUACGCAGACGCCGCUCUUCUUCUCUUGUGGUAUUAUCCAUGUCCACCAGCAGCAACAGCGGUGUCCCAAUAAUGGUAAAUAGCUGUAGUGGAAACAUGGGGAAGGCUGUCAUUAAAGCAGCAGAUUCAGCUGGGCUUCAAAUUCUUCCUAUAUCAUUUGGCUCGGAAGAGGAGUCUGGACAUGUUGUAGAGGUUUGUGGCAGAAGUAUCGAGAUUCAUGGCCCUUCCACACGAGAGGCUGCCCUUGCCACUGCCUACAAUGAACAUCCAAAUAUGAUUGUUGUCGACUAUACGAUUCCUGGUGCAGUGAAUGAUAAUGCGGAGACAUAUUGCAAGGUUGGUGUGCCUUUUGUUAUGGGAACCACCGGUGGAGACAGGGAUCGGUUGUACAAGACUGUUGAGGAUUCAAAAAUUUAUGCUGUGAUAUCUCCUCAAAUGGGGAAACAGGUUGUUGCUUUUCUUGAUGCCAUGGAGACUAUGGCUGAACGCUCCCCAGGUGCUUUUUCUGGGUAUAAGCUUCAGGUGAUGGAGUCUCACCAAGCAGGAAAGUUGGAUGUCUCUGGAACUGCUAAGGCUGUAAUAGCUUGCUUCCAGAAAUUGGGGGUGUCUUUCGAUAUGAACGACGUACAAUUGAUUAGAGACCCCAACCAACAAGUUGAGAUGGUAGGAGUUCCCGAGGAGUAUCUGACUGGUCACGCUUUCCACAUGUAUCAUCUGACAUCACCUGAUGAGACAGUUUCCUUUGAGUUUCAACAUAAUGUGUGCGGUAGGUCGAUAUAUGCAGAGGGUACUGUUGAUGCCAUAAUCUUCUUGUCAAAGAAGGUUAUGUUGAAGGCAGAGAAGCGGAUCUACAAUAUGAUUGACGUGCUGAGAGAGGGUAACAUGAGAUAG